AUGAUCAGUAUCUUGGCCACUGGAGAGAAGACAAGCAAUAACAACGUCUGGGGAACCUUUAUCAACGCUGGUGGUUGGAAAAGCGAUGGGGUCAGCUUCUGUUUGGGUUUCUUGACACCAGCCUUCGCCUUGGCUGGAGUUGAUGCAGUUGUUCAUAUGUCGGAAGAAAGCUACAAUGCUGCACUUAACGUACCCCGUGCAAUGAUUUGGUCCGUCAUCAUCAACGGCUUGGCUGGAUUUGCGUAUAUCCUUACCGUUUUGUACAGUAUCACAGAUACUGAAGCAGUCCUCGCCACUCCGACUGGAUUUCCAAUCAUUGCUGUCUUUCUUCAAGCCACAAAUAACCAGAAAGCCGCGACUGCAAUGAUGACUGCAGUGAUCAUCAUAUCUACCUCCAACAAAUGCCCGACGAACGCGGUUCUCUCACUUACCGUGGCAGUCUCACUACUUUCGCGUAUCAACAUCGGCUCGACAACCGCAUUCAACGCCUUGAUCUCAUUGACGACACUGGGAUUCUAUUUCUCCUGCACCAUCCCCACAAUCCUGUUUGCGAUCCGACGCUUCAACCGUCCCAACCCCAUCGAUUAUAGACCAUGGACAAUGGGUAAGAUUGGUCUGGCGGUUAACAUUCUGGCAGCCACAUUCUGUGUCGUUCUCAUCAUAUUCUUACCGUUUCCACCUGUACUCCCGGUCACAGGGGUCAAUAUGAAUUACGCCUCCCCAGUGUUUGUUGCCGUCAUGGUUUUUGCUGUCAUCAACUACGUUGUUCGUGCGCGAAAGCGGUUCACGGGUCCUAUCAAAGAGGUCAUUAGCAAGACCAGUAGCGACAAUCUAGAUCUUCAGUUAGUCAUCGCAACAAAGCAUGUACCUUCAGGAUAG